CGAGCUUCUCGAUCAUUUUUGACCUCCCCUGCUCGCCGUAGUGCGCUGUGCCGUCACCAUGGCGACGGUAGUAUUCUGGCAACAGAAGCGCAGGAAAGACGAGACAUAUGGAGCGUUUUAUUCAUAUUUAUGAUGACUUUUAUAAAAACAAUUAGCUCGUUUUUAUGUACAUAUUCCCCCAAACUCCAGUGAAUGCUAAAAUGAAGCUAAUGGUAACAUUUACACGCGGACUCGUUAGUUAAAUCAAGAAAACAAAAGAUUUCGUGUUUGUUUGUUGUUGUUUUUUAACUUUAUUUUAUCUCUGCGGCAAAAGCGAAGAAAAAAACUCUAAAUUCACAAAUGGAUUCUGGAAAAGUUGUACACAGGAGAAAACCGGACAUUCCCGCAAUCAGCCUGAAAUCAUCACAAAGGAGUCAACACAUUCAGGAGGCCAGUGCUAAAAGUCUUGAACUCAGUAAGGUGAUUCGUCUUCUUGAAGAUCCUUCGACAGCCAACUUGCAGGAGAAACACCUUUUUGUCUUGAAGAAGCUCCUGAAGAGAAACCACGCCGGCUUUCUUUUACGGGAACUGACAGGCGUUGGCAAAAUACUCAACAUCUGUGCAGAGAAAGUGGAAGAUCACCCAGAAUAUGUGCCCAUACUGUGUGAAGCACUAAACAUCUGUAGGCUUCCCUUUCUGAAGGAGAAAGUGUCUGACGAGCUGAACUACGCUCAGGACGUCAUAGAGUUUCUCUCUCACAUGGGGUGUCUGAUGAGGGUGUCAGACGCCGAAGUGAAGCAGCUCAUAGUUGAAUCCGUCAAAUCGUUCUACAGCUGUGUUGCUCCCAAGCAGCUGCUCCAUGACCACCAGCCGACCUCUCCGGGCUACAGGCUGCAGCUCCUGGAGCGCAGCGACCUGCCUCAGACCCUGGUCCUCUCCAUGGCCACUCUGGAGAACCACCCGGACGUCAAGCUGCAGCUCCUGCAGACUCUCCUGAUCCUCUCCAGCUCCUCCGACAUGAAUUGUGCUUCGAUACUGCGCGCGCGAGGAGCGGAGACGAUAUGUCUCCACAUGAACGAGGACGACCCGUCCGGUCAGCUGCUUUUCUGCUCCUCUGAAAUCCUCUGGAACCUCCUGGAGAGAGGCGGCAAGGAGGAGGCCACGGCUCAGCUCAGCACCAUGGACUGCAUCCUAUCUUUGAAGGAAGCGUUUUUCCAUCAGCUGUUGAACGCCUCUCGACAUUCAGACCUCCAGCUCAGAAAUGAUCUGCUCGUGAUCACAAGUCUCAUCGCUGAGAAUCCAAACUCUCUGCUUACUGAGAGUUUAUUUGCCAAACAGCUUUUGGUUUUCGUCUCAUAUCCGGAGCUGAAAAGCCGCAGCCCUUUGCUUCGCAACCUCAAGCUCGCCUACAACAACGAAGAUUUGAAAAUGAAGAAGCUGCUGUUGAACCUGUUGGUUUUAAUGUCAGCGGACUUAGCCGCCCUGCAGCUCUUCAGGGAGGAACGAGUGAUGCUGGCUCUGCUGACCCUCGUGAAGCCGCCUGCCGCCUCGUCCGAGCGCCAGUCGGGUUCACGCCACUGGUCCUCCGUCCAGCAGGCGGAGCUGCAGCUGCAGGCGCUGGCCACGCUCGCCACCGUCGCGCCGCUCAUGUUGGACGACUACAUGUCAUAUCAGGGAAAUGUCUGUCUGCUGCUCCUGCUGGACUGGUGCGUCGAGCAAGAUGCUUACUUUGGCCGGGUCCCUGACGGGGGAGGCAGAGCCAGUACGAAGCCUCAGAUGCAGCACUGCGUCAGGGUGCUGAGCUCGGUGACGUCUGUGGGCGACGAGGCCGUAAACCAGAACCUCUGUGACCAAGGAACCAUUAACCAGCUCCUGGGGAUUUUAAUGCAGAUGGAAGCGAGUCCCGAUGAGGAGGAUGCUCUCACUCUGGAGAUAAAGUCGGACAUUCAGCUGAUCCUUUCGACUCUGUGCGAACCCGACAUGCACAGAAAGGAGCUGUUUGGGUCAGAGGGAGUUGAGAUGACCGUUCACUUCCUGAGGAAAGGCACCGACAAGUUCUACAGCGGCCUGGGACACAACAGGCUCUUCCUCUCCACGCUGGAAUGUGUCUGGUCUUGUGUUGUGGGCUGCUACACCACAGAAGAUUAUUUUCUGGCUAAAGAGGGAGUGGUUCUUCUUCUUAACUUGCUCGGCACGAGCCCCAGGUGUGUUCACGGCGUCCUCCUGGCCACACUGCUGGAGCUGUGUGAUAAUCCCAACACCAUCUCUCACGUCCUGGGCUGGAAGGGCGGCGGCGGCGGGACGGCUCCUGGACUCCUGCUGCAGCUGUGGAGGCAGGAAGAGGAGGAGCUUGGCGUCGACCGCGGCCAACGCGGAGAAAUUACAGAUCCCCAGAGACCCGUGCUCAGUGGUCACCAGCAGGACGACGUCCAGCUUUCAUUUCCUGCUAACAUGCCGAGUGCAGCAGUACUGGAGAUAUCUGAGAACCUGCGCUCAAAGAUUUACUGCGUCUUCUGCAAAAUUGGUUUUCAGGAUCUUCCUGGAAUGUCGACAGAAGAUCAUGUGACUCUGAGCGUCGUCAGGCGAUAUCUGGACUUUAAGGUCGGGGAGGUGUGGGACGAGAUCAGCAGGGAACUGAGCCUGGAUGGCGUGAGGCCGAUCAGCCCCGACGAGGAGGCUCUGGGCUCCAUCUGCACGACUGCAACGGACACGGCGAAAAGGAUCGCUGCAGAGCAACGGAGCAUCCUGGAGCAGCAGCAGAAGGACGACAUCAGCGAGGAGAAGAUCAUGUACAAGGAGAUAAAGUCUCACUGGAAGCAACGAGAGCUCACAGUAAAGUCAUGGGACAGUUACGUCUCCAAGACGUCAAACUACGAGAUCCUAAAGGAAGUAAAAGCACAGAGGGAAUCAACCAAGCGGAAAUCGAAGCAUGAAGAUGUUCAGCCUGCAGAGAACUUCAUCGGUCACGUCCUGGCGGUGCAGAGCACAGACGCUCCGGGUCCCGCAGGAGUGAAGGUGACGCUGGGCAGAGCUGUAAUCAAGGCUGCAGGUCAGGACGAAGCGGAGCCGAGCAAACAAGACCCGGAGUACUUCAGCACCGUGUCUGUCAGAGACUGACUCCCGUGUUUUAUAUUAUUUAAAUGUACAGCACGUCCACAUUAGAGCAGACUGAAGUGUCCACUAAAGCGAAUCUGCAGCAGACGUGCCGUCACCACAUGUGCACAAUCAGCAUCUUGUUGUCUCGUCCACCUCCUCCUGCCACACACAGACGCACACUGUUAACAUCACUUCAUAGGACGUUCAUUUAUUAGCUUCAUGCUAAACCCGCUACAUGUCUACACAGUAAUCCAGUAUGUUUUUGGCCUUUGUCUCUAGUUUAUGGAUAAUAAAUGCUUGAAUUAAAUCUAAAUGUUGAAUCUAAUUCAAUAACUUGAUUUGUAAACAAUAAAAAAACCUUCUUCUUUUUUUUUUUAAUUAAAAUUCCGAAUGCACUAAUUAAAUAUGUAUCCAUGAACUUAUAUAACAGCCACUCAGGCUUCAUGGAGGCCUUUUAUAAACAAUCCACUAAAGGUUAACCCUCUCCUUAAAAGCCUCCGUUUCUGCCCUGCAGGUGAAUUUAUGUUGUCUAAAAAGUGUUUUCUCCUUAGUGCUUUUGCGGGUUACAUAAGUCACUGCAGCGCAUUAACACACAUGCUCCUUCAAGCGAGAAACAUGCUGCACAGAUCCACCACCACCGCCACCACCGCCGCCGCUUCUUCUUCUCCUCUGUCUGCUCUCCCACGUUUCGUCGACCAAAUCCUCCCUGACAGGCCGGAGCUUUGUGUGUCCGCCACAGUGCGAUGCUCACACUGUACAAAAGAGCGAGGGGACACGCACACAUGCGGGAGUCUAGCUGCUGUCAGUCCGUCUGCAGCUGUCCAUGAAGACGAGGACGAGCUCGGAUUCGCCAACUUUCAGAGGAAACUUCAAACUGAAUCCCGUCGACUCGUCCGAGCCGCUCCAGCAGCAGAGAUGAUCAUCAGGCUGGGGAGACUGACGCCGGGAUACUUCCGUCUACUCCAGAGGCAGAUGUCAGGUGAGGUCCGGAUGCAGCCGCAGAGCAGCCUGGUGGAGCCCGUCGCCAUGACGAUGGCCACAGUGGGGAUGGGGGUGUCUCUGUACAGCGCCAGGCGGAUGGCGGAGAGGGUGAAGCAGCCGAGGGUCUGAGAGAGAUGUUUGUGGUUCACGUGUCAGGCUCAGUGUUGGUGGACGUCAGAGGAGGAGGAGGAGGAUGAAUGUGUUUGUGGAAAAGUUUUCGUAAGUGUCCCAGAAGGAUCAGAUAAAAAGGCAAACGAGAGCUCUGCGGUUUGAUAACUCUGAGUGCUGAGUGCAGGUCAUGUGGUUUUCAACAUGAUUGUAUUUCAGUGUAUCCACAAACACCUCAGCACUUCUAGAGAGAAACAGCACACAAAGUGUAAUUUAAAUAAACACAUUAAAAAAAAAAUCUAAUAAAACAAUGCCGUCACUUUAUUUUAUGAGAUAAAAAAUUAUAAAAAUACUGCAGUCACUAUUUGCAACUUCCUGUAUUUUAGAGUCUUAGUGUUGUUUAUCUGUGGAAAUUCACAGUCAUGAGGUCUAAUUAGAAAAAAAAAGAGGAAACAAAAUCACCAUCCAACAUCCUGAACAACUUCCUCCUAUUUACUGUGUUGGAGCCGUCUGAUUGGUCUCUGACUGACCAAUCACAGGGCUCCAACUCCUCCUCUGUUAUUGUUGUCAGGUUGGACUAACAGUCUCAUAUAAAACUCAUAUUUUUAAUCUUGAUACAUAUUUAACGCAUAGAUGUAUAACUAAUCAUAUGAGUCCACGUGGAUUUGAACUCGACUCUAGAAUAAGAACAUAAGACAAAAAACAAACAAUAAAAACACUGAAAGCAUCAAAGAAAGAGCAGAGUUUCAUGCUGUGCUCAAAGUCAAGCAAUAAAAAUGGGUUUUAAGACAAGUUGUGGUAUAUACUUUGUACAGUAUAAAGCAGUUUAUCUUGUAAAGAUACAUGUUGUGAUUGACUGAAACAAGCUUAAAGUGGAUUCAAGAGGCCAGAAAAAGGUCUGAAAUCUAACGAGGUGUUGAAAAUUAAACGAUCUUCUGUGUGUACAUCUGAUUUUUUUUGUCAAUAAAAAUGUGAUGACUUU